AUGAGUGCGGAGAAGGCGCCAGAGGUUCGGAUACCGCAGGCCGAGCUGAGCUGGGAGGAGCGGCUGCGGCAAGCCGAGAAGGAAGAAGAGGCCAUGUGGGGAGCAGGAGAGCCCAUGGAAGGGGCCACGGAAGCGGCGCAGGGGACACUCGGGGCCUGCGCCGAUGGACCCGGACCCAGAGGAGGCGCGGGUAUGGGAGGAGGCGCCACCCCACAGCAACAGCCGCGACCCAAGGCGGAGACCGGCGGCGAGCACGGCGUGCGCGAGUGGGGUAAAGGCCAGCGCGGCGGAAGAGGCGCCGAAACAGGCUCCGAGGGAGAGGCCCUGGCACGGGAGGAGAGGGCAGAGCAGGCGGAUCAGCGACCAGCGGUGGAGCCACGGGCUGAGAGCGCGGCCGAGGCCUCGGAGACAGGGGAGAGGGGGCCGUGGCUGUGGCCAGAGCCGGCACCAUCGGCACCAACGCUCAAGCGGCCGACAGCAGACGCGGCACCACCGGUCCCACCGUUCAGGCGACAAGCCUCGUGCCCGGAACCGCAACGAGGACAUCGGCCGACGCUCCAACGACAGACGUCGGAGCCCGCGGCGCGCCGAUGGACACUGCUCGAGCCCAAGGAUUUGCCCGAGUCCGUGGUCCGCGCACAGGCCGGUGCGAGGCUGACGGGCCGGCGCACCAACAGGCUGGUGACGGAACGCGGCGUCCGCUACCGGGUCACGAUGUCAGCCGCGGGGACAGCGGUCUUCCGGGACCAACAUGCGGGACGAGCGUAA